AUGGGGCUGGGGGACAGCCUGGGGCUGCUGCUGCUGCUGCUGCUGCUGCUGAGCCUCCCUUCGGGUGAGCACUGGGGGUGGGCUCGGGGUGCCUGGUGGCAUCACUGCCCACGGGUGGGGGUGUGGGUGGAGCUGCUGGGAGCACAGGGAGGUGCUGCUUUGGGACCCGCCCCGAAGCCAGCAGGGCAGGGCUGGCUCCAGCCAGCUCUGGUCAUGGGGGGACACGAGGCCAGGCCCCACUCCCGGCCCUACCUGGUGUCCCUCCAGUCUGGGGGGGUCCAUGCCUGUGGGGGUGCCCUGCUGAGCCCACGCUGGGUGCUGACAGCUGCCCACUGCUUCCAGCGUGGGCAGGAGGCUGUUGGCACCGUGGUUGUGGGGCUGGAACACGACCUGCUCCUGCACAAGCUGGAGGGGGAGGUGAAGCUGAGCAGGACUCAGCUCAUCAGGCUGCAGAGGCAGGAGCCGGCAGCGGGGGCGCGGUGCAGCCUGGCAGGCUGGGGGGUCCUCGGGCACGGGGGGCUCUCGCCCACGCUGCAGGCUGAGGCGGCGGUGCUGGAUGCCAGGAUGUGCAACAGCAGCCGCUUCUGGAGCGGCCACAUCGCCCCCACCAUGGUCUGCUUCCAGGGGCACCGCCGGGGCUCAGCCCCCUCCAAGGGUGACUCUGGGGGUCCCUCGGUGCGCGGGCAGCAGGCAGCCGUGGCUGGGGUCCUGCCCUUCGCCGGCAGGGGCUGCACCGACCCCUUCCGCCCGCCGGUGGCCACCUCGGCUGUGAGGCACAAGCAAUGGAUCCAGAGGAUGCUGCGCUGGGCUGGGGCUCCCCCAGGGCUGGGAGAUCAACCCAGGGGCAGCUCCCUGGCCCAGUGA